AUGGAUGAUAUCGUCGGUUCCAACAAUCCUAAACACUUCGUUGAACAACGUCGUCAAUCAAUUAUUCUCGAUUAUUUAAUUGCCACUUCAACACACGGCUUACGAAGUGUAGGUCGUGCUUAUUCGAAAUUUAAUCGGAUAUUUUGGGUAUGUUCAUUUACCAUAACAUGUGGCAUCAUGUUCUAUUUUGUUAUAUCGAAUCUUUUACAAUAUUUUUCCUAUCCGACACAAACUAAAGUCGAGAUACGACUCGAUCGUCAUAUGCCAUUUCCUGCUGUUACUGUUUGCAGUGGCAAUCCUUAUCGGUCCGAUCACUUAAAUCAAUCCUUAGUUUCCUUUUAUCAUCGUUUGACAUCAUCGAAUGCGACAUAUAACGAAACUGUUCUUAGCUCACUUCUCAUUCCAUUGAUUGUUGAUUUGUUCAACCGAAAUCAAACUGAUGAAUUUAUUUCAAUCGGCUUCCGGCUGACUGAUAUUCUACUCAGUUGUGAUUACAAUGGAAUCGAUUGUUCGAAUGCAUUUACAGCAUCGAUAUCACCCGCUUUGGCAUCGAUAUCACCCGCUUUGGGUAUUUGUUAUACAUUUAAUUGGAAAGCAUCAGGAACAGUUUUUACUGUAAGUGAUUAUGGCGACGGAAUUUUUGUGCGAGAAGGUCUAACUUUGUCGUUUUAUAUGCCACAAGAAUUAUUUUACCCUACGACUUGGUACGAUAACGGUCUUCUGAUAACUUUACAUGAUAACGAUGAAUUCCCUGUACCUACCGAAACAGGUAUUUACCUUCGACCGGGUACAUCAAAUUUGAUAACUUAUCAGAAAAGUGAAACAACAUUUCUACCGUAUCCCUAUUCAAAUUGUACAACAUCUGUUAGCGAUGAUCUACGUGGUCUAUAUACAUCAACGUUUAUUGAUCCAGCAGCAUCGGUUGAUGCCGUUUAUUCGGAAUCUUUAUGUAUAGAAUUAUGUCAACAAUCUUACAUAUACUCUCAAUGUUCAUGCAUUUUUCCUAUUCCAUUUUUUACUCGAAAGAUAUUUACGAAUGAAAAUAUUCUUAUUUCAGCCAAUGGAUGUAAUAUUUUGAUUGGUCAACUCGCAUGUGCACUUCGUGCUAGGCAACAAUUGUCGUCUGAUGAUUAUCUUCAAUCUCAAUGGUGUUCACGAUGUGUUCCUCAAUGUAAACACGUUGAUUUUCAAGCGGUCGUCAGUGCACAAAACGCACCAUCGGAAGGUGAUAAAAAAUACUGGCAAAGUCUAAUAUCAACUCCAUUAGCAAAUAUCAGUGUUCUACUUCCCAAUAAUAUUACACAAAAUUUUGAUUACUAUUUCAAUCGAAAUUAUUUGAAGGUGCAAGUGUCUUGUAGCAAUAAAUAUACUGUUGAAUAUAAUCAAGAAGCGAAACUGUCAAUUGUUGAUACUUUUUCUGCAAUCGGCGGACAAACGGGAUUAUGGAUCGGAUUGAGUGUUUUGAGCGUAAUUGAAUUAUGUGAACUUAUCUACCGACUGUCGCGUCAUUGUCUCGCGGAGCGCAAGAAUAAAACAAAAUCUAGUAUUCAACCUAUGACUAAUGCCACUGUUGAUAAGUGA